AUGUCGAAUCAGAUACUACGACAUACUGAAUCUGACGUUCACCAGAAUUUUUCAAUCGUCAUAGAUAUAAAUUUCAAGGAAAGUAACAUCUUAGGGGAGGGUGGUUUUGGAUGUGUUUGCAAGGCUAGUUUGGAUGAUAAUUUGGUGGUUGCUAUCAAGAGGUUGAAUUGUGAAUGUCAGUAUGCAGAAAGAGAGUAUGAGAAUGAAGUUGAAUUGUUAAGUGAAAUUCAACAUCCAAAUGUGAUUUCUUUACUUGGUUGUGGAAGUCAUGAGGAUUCAAGGUUUAUUAUCUAUGAGUUGAUGCAAAAUGGAUCAUUGGAAACUCAAUUACAUGGACCUUCUCAUGGCUCUGCAUUGACAUGGCAUAUGAGAAUGAAGAUUGCUCUUGACACAGCAAGAGGCUUAAAGUAUCUGCAUGAGCAUUGUUACCCUGCAGUGAUCCAUAGAGAUCUAAAAUCUUCUAAUAUUCUUUUGGAUGCAAACUUCAAUGCCAAGCUUUCUGAUUUUGGUCUUGCAAUAAUUGAUGGGUCCCAAAACAAGAAUAACAUCAAGCUUUCAGGCACAUUGGGGUAUGUAGCACCAGAGUAUCUCUUAGAUGGUAAAUUGACUGAUAAAAGUGAUGUAUAUGCUUUUGGAGUUGUGCUUCUUGAGCUUCUAUUAGGAAGGAAGCCUGUGGAAAAACUGAGUUCAUCUCAAUGCCAAUCUAUUGUCACAUGGGCAAUGCCACAGCUCACAGACAGAUCCAAACUUCCAAACAUUGUGGAUAAUGUGAUUAAGAACACAAUGGAUCCUAAACACUUAUUCCAGGUUGCUGCUGUGGCUGUAUUAUGUGUGCAACCAGAGCCAUGUUACCGUCCGUUGAUUGCAGAUGUUCUACACUCCCUUAUCCCUCUCGUACCGGUUGAGCUUGGAGGAACUCUCAGAGUUUCACAAGUGACACAUCAACCUCCAAAUUCUAGUUAACAUCGUAACCAUCGAUUUCAGACAACAUUCUUGUGUUGAGAAUCCAGGCCGUGUUUUCAUGAUGCUGCCAAACCAGUGAUGCUUUCUCAAAGGUCGACAGAUUCGAGACCACAUUGUUCAUUAAUAAUAAUACAUGUGGUCUAGGAGUUUGGCAACGAAGCAUAGACACAUUCAUAAGGAAAAAGGGUUAGGCCUAUAUGAUUGAAGACCUUGGGACUGUUAAUGAUAAAUGCAAAGAAGAUUUUAAUUUCGAUUUCAUGAAUAUAGUUGUGUAUAGUGCAGUGAUUUUGUGUAACAAUGUAUUGGUCAGAAAGG